AUGUUGAACCUCCGUGGAGAGGAAAUAUCUUCAGAGAAAGAGUUGAUAUUGUUGAGGGCAGGUGAGUUAGUAAAGUUUCUUUAUGGGAUUCGCUUCCGCGAAUUUUAUGGUAUGUCCAAUACAUCGACAACCCUUUGGUAUUGGAUGGCGAGGGCGGAAAAAGAAUUGUCAAGUUCCAACGUCUGUUGCAUCCCACCGCUUUAAAGAGCAUACUGGCGACCGAUCAGUAAAUAAGGAAAUGUCGGAGAAAAUAUUCCACCUAACUGCAUGGAUUGGUAAUACCUAUCGGUUCAGGUAUACGUAUACCUUGCGUAUCUGGCCGUGGUUUUGAGUUGCAGAAUAAUACUUGGGUGUGUUGGAAGGGGACGGGAAACACAUGAGUCAUGCAUAUCAAUCAUCUUUGUUUUCUUUGACUUGGUGAAAACAUCUCAAUCAUAAACAUCGUAAACAUGUCAAUCAAGUCCAAAGAAUAGUAUUUCGCUUCCACAAGACAUAACCCACAACAAUACUAGUUCAUGCAUAAUUAGCAAUUAUUGAGGUUAAGCAUGAUUUAAAGAAUUAUCAAGGACGAAAUUUGACUUAUACUGUUGACCUUUAUAUCACCUACAAUGUUGUUUCCACUUUUCUUAUAUUUACACGUUUCUCUUCUAGGAAUCUGUCGACAAUGCCGCAAAAAGUUGAGCACAAACGCCACAAUCCUGCAGGGUGAACAGUGAGAAGAGGUAAACACUACAUACGUGUAGCCACAGGGUAAAUACAAGGAAGUACAACAAACAAGGGACACACAGGCUUAUAAGCCAAACUAAACCAAGCGGCAUUUUUAGCAAGGCUUAACCCAGGGCUGAGAUACUGGCUAUAUGGCAGUUUUCCAUAUAGAGAUUAUAAAACAAUAGAGUGGGUAUUCUGGCAAUAAUGAGGGACAAUUCUUGAUGGCAGCAAUCUACAGUUGUAUACGUGCGAAUAUGCAGACAUCACUAAAGAUUUAUUUUUUAACUCAUUAUAGACAUCAGAUGAAGAACCUCCAGCCAUAGAGUUCACUGACGAGCGCAAAAUAAACGACGAGACUGUUGCAAUUAACGCUCGUUGAAGAUCUGGAGAAGCUGUUCACUAUACCAGCCUACCUCGUCCCAGGAAGAUCAACUUCAGAUGACACCAGCAGUCAGGCAAUGUGUGGAAGUGGUUCUCACCCACCAGAUAAACCAGCUGAUGAUGGUAAAUCUGCCACUACAAAAACAUUGGAAAUCUGCCACUACAAAAACACAAGAUCGCAAGCGUCAUUAAGACGGUAGCUCCAGAUUCCGCUCCGGAAUUGUGGGAAGCAGUAAGGACAAAGGGCAAAGUAACAAAUGCCAAGACCUGACAAUGGCCUGGUGCAAGUAAUAGUAGAAUCGUAUAAGCUAGCGGAAAAGACAGAGACAAGGAGAUAACUUCUUAGCAUUAUUUGAGCCAGUAAAUUAACGUAUGUGAGCUUACUGCACACAUUCCUAAGCUAACAAAAGAUACGAGUUCACUGCGGCAAGACGGUACGCACUUGAAGUUGGUGCAGGACCCCCUGUUUUAGCACCUUCCGUGAAACAAACAAGAGAAAGGGUGGAUCCUACAAAGCUAGAAAACUUCCUUGACUUCAUAACUUCCUCCAAUAUAGUACAAGAUCUUCCCUUUGGCUGGAGAACUCUUACGUUAAGCAGCUGUGAGAAGAUCGAUAUCAUAUCCCUAAUGUCAUACGAAUCGAACGAUGCUGCCUUCCCAUAUAUCUCAUCAGACAAUACAACCAGUACUGCAGCGAAGAAGACUUCAUUCCACUUUCUACCCGCACCCUCUUUCGUAUCUUGUCUGAGGCUUGCGUGGCCUCAGUAAGAAAGAGUUUGGAGGGCUUAGAUAGCUAUGCAGUGGAGGGCGGGCGUGGUUUUGAUGACCUGAUUUUCCCUCCUGGAUAGAUUGAUGCAGUAUGGUGCUAACGAUCCUGAAAUACACAAACUAAAGGACAGCCUUAAACAUCUCAAACAGUACACCAAAAGUGACUACAAGGUAUGUUUCCGAGUAUUUUAUACCGCCUCUUGAUAGAACGUAACCACGUGCCUCUUUUCUCCGCAGAUCCAUUGUUCCAUAGUUAGUUCUGUACCUGACCACUGCAGAGUGUUUGCACUUAGCCGUCCGAAGAAGAAAUGCUUCCAUCGACGCUGUGACCUCCACCACAAUCAACAGUGUGAGAGUUGUGAAAUAUUGAAAACGGUAAGUUAAUAAAAUACUAGAAAUACAUGCAUGCAAUAACCCCUCGCCUGUUUUCAAAAGAUGUAUACUCAGUGCCGUUGCGAGCACUUCGUCUCAGGGUGUGUGUGAGGUUAGAUAGGGGGGGGGGGGGGUUACAAAAAUGUUUCCAGAUGCACAAAAAAUUUUCAGGACAUAUAAUAAUUUUUCCGAAAAUACAAUUAUUUUGCAAAUUCACUUUCUCAUGUCCUGAGAAUUACCUGAAUUCCCCUGAAAAUCUUCUGCAAAUCUACUUAAAUUUACCUAAAGGUGCACUGUAAAUCUACCUGAAAUUCCUCGCGAACAAUUAUCAGGGGUGUUGCCCCCCCCCCAGUGAGUUUCAAGUAAACACUCUCUGAUUUAUUGUUCAUGUAUUUCACCUCCCAAAAUAUUGUGCAUCAUACUCUAAAGAGUUUUGCUGUUGUCAUGCUCUAGCGUGGUUCAAGUUUAUGAAUUUUUAUUAUAAUGUAUAGUGUUUUAUAGAGAUUUCGAGCACUGAAAUUAUUCAUGAUAAUCUCACAUGUGAAAAUUAACGCUUUUCAAUUAUCGCUUUUCUGUAAAAAUUAUCGCUUUUCUGUAAAAAUUAUCGCUUUUCAAAGACUGUCCUUUAUAUAAUAAACAGAAAAAUACAUGGGUGGUUGGAAAUACCAGAUUUAUUUUUUGUUUUGAACAUGACAUCUCACUCGUUCGCUGCGCUCACUUGUGAGAUAUCAUGUUCAACACUCGAAGUAAAGCUGGUAUUUCCGCGCACCUAUGUAUUCUCAGAUAUUGAAACUACAACUUGACUGGUUUAAAUUAUUAUCAAGUUAUCAGUGAUUGUAAAAGUUGCAGAUAGAAGUGUUUUGUUUUAUAUUAUUAUCAAGUUAUCAGUGAUCGCAAAACCUCCAAAUCCUUAAUUUCAAAAGCCCCACCGGCGCUAAUGCACUUAUCAUCGGCUUCCCCGGGGGUCGACCCCCGAACCACCCAGGGACUUUUGUUAAGAGGAUGAAACAAAACAUUACGCUUGAAAGAAUUUAUUUUAUAAAUAAUUAGGGUAAGAUGAAGUUUAUACUAUUCAAACUGAAUGAUUCUUAGAUAUGAGUAAUGUCCAUGCAUGCAAUACAGGCAUCGAUAUCUGACGCCUGAUGGUGAAGAUGGUGUAUGAUGGUCGAAGUGUGUCAGAUGGUGUAUGAUUGUGUAAGGUGGUUGUACAGGGAAGGGUUGUCAGAUGGUGUAUGAUGGUGUAUGAUGGUCAUGCAAAGUGUGUCAGAUGGUUGUCAGAUGGUGUAUGAUGAUGUAGGGCAUAAACGGAUUUUCAUAUUUAUUACUGGGGUGGUGCCAGAAAUUUUAGGGGGGUGAGCCGUGAGCAGGUGACUGAAGCAACACAAAGUGUCACAAAACUCUAGUAAGGUCUAUAUUCUAGGGGUGGAGCACUAGAGCCGCGAGGAGGAGUCUAGAGAGAGGAAAACAAAGUAUCCCAGGAAAAAUUUGAAAAAAAUCAUGAUUUAUAGCUUCAAAAAUAAGUUUUUUGAAGUUGUCAAUUUGUCAUAUCAAUGGAUAUGGCAUGUGCGAUUGUCUGUUGAGACUUGAGUGAGUUAAAGACUUAAAGUUAAUUGAACCUGUAAAAGUGUAAACCAAUAGGCCAAUACACAAUAUGCUUUUACUUUUAUAAAGUCAUUGACAUUGUGUUGUUUGAAUCCGAGUACAAUUUAUGAUGCAACUCCGAUGUAAAUAAUAUUUGGGGCGUAAAGAUUAAAUCUAGGCAAGUCAAUUUGCUAAAAGAAUUAAAAACUAAAAAUAUUACCUAAAAACACAUAAACUAAAAAUAUUUUAAACGCCGGGACAAAACCAGAUAUGUUUGCGGAUGAUACCCAAAUUGCAACAUCAAGUGACGAUAUCAAAGUUAUCACUGAAACAUUAAAUAGGGAUUUAAACAAUGUUGCAUAUUGGCUGUCCGCAAACAAAUGAACUCUGAACAAUAGUAAAACCGAAUAUAUGAUAAUUGGUUCCAAGAAAAGGCUUAGUCAAGUGACUGCCGAUCCUGCUAUCAGUAUAGGUAACUUAGAAAUUAAGAGAGUUGAAAUGACAAAACAUUGGGCCUAAUGAUAGACGAGUCUUUAGACUGGACCGCGCAGGUCGAACACAUUUCAAAAAAGGUCACUUCAGGCCUUGCUAUUCUCAGACGACUCCGGGAUACAGUCGAAUUUAAUACCUUAAUAACAGUAUACAAAUCCAUAAUUCAACCAUAUUUCGAUUAUCGUGCUCAAGUGUGGGGUUGCUUAGGGAAAACAUUAGCAGCUAAAGUCCAAAAAUUACAAAACAGAGCGUUUUGAAUAAUCACUCGUGAGAAUUAUACGGCACGAUCGGCUGAUAUAUUAAACAAGCUAAAAGUUCCGAACCUCUAAAAAAGAAGAAUGCAACAACUUUCAAUUCUCAUGUACAAGGUGAAAAACAAAUUGGUCCCCGAUUACUUGUGUGAUAUGUUCACAAAUGUUGGUGAUGUACACGUCCAUAGCACAAGACAGUCGGGAGCCGAUUUGACAUUGCCUAAACCAAAAACAAAUAGUAUGAAAAAUGCAUUCUCCUACGAGGUGCGGAAGUCUGGAACUGCCUUCCUGCAUCGGUAAAAGCAUCAACAACUAUUGCUAAUUUUAAAUCUAACUUGAAGCAUGCAAAUUAACAUCAAGUGAUCCUGCCAUUGUUUCCAUCUACUUAAAAUAAUUUUCUUGUAAUUAUUUCUUAUUUCUGUUUGCGUGAGCACGGCCGGUUGGAAGAUCACCUUUUUUCUUUUCAUCCCUUGUACAUAAUUAAUUUUAGUAUAGGUGAAAUUGUACCGUGUUGAAAUAUAAGUUCAUAAUAAUAAUAAUAAUAAAUAAUAAUAACCCUGUAGUGUUGGUAAAAAUUCCAAAGUUCCUUGUGUGCAAGCUAUUUGCAUGACAAGGCACUGCAAACUCUAUUUAGAGUUUCAAAACUUUACAAUUGCUCCAAUAAACCAGUGAAUGCAAGCGAGGAGCGAUUAGUUUCAGAGUGUUGCACUGUCUUUUUCUGUUCGAGUGUACUCCUACGUUUAUUUUGUAGCAUCAACACUCUGCACGUUGGAGUGGACUAUUUAAUUAUUUCUUUAUUAUACCUAAUAUUGGGGGGGUUGAAAAUUUGUUUUAGAGGGGUGGACAUUUUGUUUGGGGGAGGGGGGGGUUAUAGCUAAUAUUGGAAGGGUAGCACCCCCUUGCACCCCCCAGAAAAUCCGUCUAUGAUGUAGGGUGAUUAUACAGGGAAGGGUUGUCAGAUGAAGAUUGUGUAUGAUGGUCAAAGUGUGUCAGAUGGUUGUCAGAUAGUUGUCAGAUGGUGUACACACCCCCUGAGACGAAGUACAUAUAUUAUGGCCAACUAUGUAUAUAAAAAUAUAAUAUUAUAUCUCACAUUACGGUUCUCACGUGGGAAACGUAAUUCAAAGUAUUUAACAGAAUAUAUUUAAACAUGUACAUUUGACAGACAUGUUCGAGGUAAUAAAUAACAAUAUAAUAUGAAUAUAUUAUAUCUUACAUUACGGUUCUCAUGUGGGAAACGUAAUUCAAAGUAUUUGGCUAAAUAUAUUUAAAUGCAUUUGACAGACAUGUUCGAGGUAAUAAAUAAAAAUAUAAUAUAAAUAUACUUCACCACCUGACAACCGAUGGUUAUAUCUAUAUUGGACAUAUAUGUUAGAUACCACUGACCAUAUGUGAAACAAAAUCCCGCGUGUUUAUCCCGGGGGUUAACAGUGCCUGUUACCAAACCCAAACAAUUCCCCUUCCCCGAGGGACACUAUUUUUUACAAAAGACAACGAAUCCCCUCCUGUUCCUGGGGGUUCCCCCUGGGGUGUCCCUGGGGUCGACCCCCGGAGAAGCCGAUGAUAAGUGCAUGCAUAAGGUUCGAGUGAAAAUACCCAACCCCCGGAAUGUGCUUUACAGGAAAAUGGCUGGGCGAGGGGGAUGGGCACACUUGGAUUUGGCUGAUGCAUUAAAAGUCAUGGAAAAAGAAAAAACUUUUCAUAUUGCUACUAUAAAAUGGCUUAUUGUGCUUAUUCCUGUGCUUAUUCCAGACUGCUUGUCAAAUAUUUACUUGCAAGAAGUAGACAUUUACUCUGACCACUGGAUGAAGAAGACAUUAAAUAAGUACUGGUCAAUAAACAGAAAUGUAUUUUAUUUCAUACUAUUACAAUUUUAUUUUUAUACUAUAAAAAUAAUAUAUAAACAUGCAGCCUUGGACAUGCAGCAUAGAAUAUGCAAAUUCGAGGCAAAAUUAUUGUUGAAUCGGUUUAUUUAUAGGAUUUUAUAACAAAUAGCAACUAUAAAAGUUUAUACCUUGUCUUCACAUCGCUUUAUUCGAUCUGUUAGGGGCGACGUCCAUAUUCAAGUUGGCACGCAAAACGUCAAAUUGACGUUUUUAUGACAACCCACCCAUCCACCCUUGAAAACGUCAAGUGUGACGUAAUGAAUAUUUCAAAACUUUGAUCGGGUUUGAACGCUCCAACUAUCAAAGUUUUAUAUAUACCUUUUAAGAUAUUCUCUGGGUUAAUAUUAUAAACGUAUAUAAAUAUGUAGGAAACAAGAAAGACAAAAAUUCUACCAAGUAAGUUCUUCUUUAAUAUGCAAUAUUGAUAAAAUAUUGUAAAUAUAUUAACUUUUCCAUCGCGUAUCGAUACUAUUUAAUAAUAAUAAUAAUAGACUUUAUUUAAAGAAGGUAUUACAAAAACCAGUUUAGCAAAGCUAAUCUUACACUGGGCCUUCUAUAACUACGACUAUUAACAAACAAACAAAUAUAUUAGGUAACGUGGGGAAAAAUAUAUAUGGUAUAUAUACGAUAGAUUAGAGAUUACAUAUGACUACGUUUAAACUGUUUUUAAAAAGUAUUGAUAUGUUCUUAUUUUGAAUGAUGCAACCGAAGAAGAGUUUCUUAUCUCAAGUGGUAAACUAUUGUAAAGUGUUGCACCACUGUAUGGUAGUGCCUUUCGUCUGAUUGCCAAUUUAUUCCUUGAUACCCACAAAUCAUUGUCCGCGGAGAACUUCUGGUGAGUCGAUUAGUCACUGAUAACUUCAGUUGAAAUAAGUCACAAAUGUAUUCCGGUACCAAUUGGUUUCGAGCCUUGAAUACCAUAAUCGCGGUUCGUAGCUUGACUCUUUGUUGUAUAGGUAAUAUUUUAGCUGCUUUAAAUAGUGAUCCAGAUGAUGUUAGUCUUGGUGAUCAUAAACAAUUCUCAUUGCCAGGGACGCCGGAACUGGGGUGGCUUGCAACUAACGAUGAACAGUGGCUCAUAAAAACAUUCGCGUGAUUAGAAUCUUCAAUGUUUGUCAAGAACAACAACACUUAAUUGUUGUUUCCAAUGUGUACAAUAAUAAGUAAAAAAAACUUUGUGUGGUCUGAACGUGUUGGGCUAGAGACCUACUGGAAACCUUUGCAGGCUUUUUACUGUAAUGAGAAUAGAGAAUGUUUUAUCUGCAACUGUCCACCUUUAGUUGCAACCGACGGUAUUUGACAGCAUAAAAUUGCCUGUGGUUGUGAUAACUGAUAUAAAUAGAAUACAGUCUGGUUAUACCGACUUGAGCGUGUCAUGACAAACUCUUUAUUGGAAAAUUGCUCGGAAAAUUGUGAAGAAACAGUCGAACAUAGAGGGUCGAAUAUCAUACUUCAACUUGUAUAGCUACAGUAACAUUGGUACAUAGCGUUGUGAAGACAAGCCUUUUCUUACUUUUCGCUUCAGCAGUCUUUUCCAUGCUUCUCUACGCUUUCCCAAUAAUUCUCAGGCGAGGUUCUCUUUCCUCGGCAGUCUCCUCGAGCAAACGUUGUCGUCUUCGCUCCCUUCUUUUCGCUAGACGCUCUGCAUUCUUGUCGUUUCCUUGCCGCCCUUCAUGGCUCCAUAUCUUUUCAAUUGGUAUUUGAUACUGUAAUUGUUUGAUAAAAGUUUUAAUAAAACUAAUUGCUUUUAAAGCUGCCAAAUGUUUUUGCAAAUGUACAAAAAACUGUAGCGCAAAAAGCAAAAUACUUUCAUGAAGUAUCUGUCAGUUAAAGUCGUCAUUCGUCAUACAACAACAAAUUUUAAAUUUGACCAAUCGGUGUUCGCUAUUCAUGACAGUCCGCCAUAUUUUUGAGAUCAGUGAGGAUGACCACCCACGGUUGGUGACCCACGCCCGCGAUAUUUGAUGAACUUCAGACUUCCCUAAUGCUUUCGUUUCCCCUGGUGUAAAUAGCCGGGUGGAAUUAAUAACCUCGCACGGCGCUUCGCGCCGCCGGCUCGGGGACUAUUGGAAAUCAAUGGAAUAUAAUUCGGUUAAUUACAUAUUGUGUCUAUACAAUGUGCAAUGGUAUAGCAUGCUGAUAUUGCUAAGGAGAAAAUUGUCCUUGAAUAUGACACAUCACCGAAGCUCUCAGAUGUUACAGAAAAUGUAACUUUAUUAAUUUUAAGGUUACAGGACACCCUUUUUGGCGUUUUGCGGAAAAUCGCUGCUGCGCUCUCAAUAUCAGUCCAAUUUUCAUCAAAUUUUCACCAAAUGUUCUCCAGUGCAUGCGAAAUAUGGUAAAGUUGUAAAAUUAACAAACAAUAAAAUAAUGUAAGAAUUAUUCAGGAAAAUCUUAAAUCGCGGUAGCGUUACGCUUUUGAGUUGUGCUCCUGCCGGUUUUAAGUUAUAUUUAUGAAAAUAUCAUUUUUAUACAGUAAAAUAGUUGUUCUAAAAAACUGUUUUUCGGAAAUUUUUGUUUAUUUCGACAUUCCGCUGAUAUGGCGAUUUCUUUGACGACUCCAAUAUAUUUCUGAAUUGUUUGAGUGAAUUGCUCUUUAUUUUUACCGGCGAAAUUAAAAAAAAACGAAAACAAGUUUGAAACUGACGUCUUUAGCUAUGUCCUGUGAAACUUUGAGAAAUAUUGGUUAAAACCCGCAGGAGCACAACUCGUUUGAAAAUCAGUAAUUACCGUAAACUUUUUCGGGAGAAAAUUGAAUUUGAAUAUUACAUUUUCAAUGUGUUUCUUAUUGCAGCGAAAUGUAUUUUAUUAAAUAACUCCGCGAGUUUUCAACAUUUUUCGUUCAAACUUGGUCAGAUAGUAGAACUGGUCUAAUGCUUUCAUGGAAACCAAUAAAAAAAUUUUAGGCAAAAUUAACAUUCAAAGGUGUUCUGUAAUCUUAAAAAAAUGUUCUCGUUUUCCUUAGUCUUUAGAUUUAGUUAAGUCCUUCAUGCAGUCUACUAACCUACCCGAAGACGUGCAGGAUGAUGCUCUAUUUACAGCGAGAACCGCGCGUGAUGCUGUUCUGUCCCACCAGCUCCGCAUGGUCCACCAGGACGUAGCCAGGUCGGAUGUUAUCGACAGUCUUGGUGAAGAUUCCACGCUAAUCACGCAAGACUUUGCCAUGAAGUUCUUACCAGCCGAGUACCGAGAGCCACAGGCCGAAUUCUUUGGGAAAAGAGGGAUUUCGUGGCACCCAAAGUGGACGAAGCACCCACGGCUUGCCAAAGCAACAAAGGCGGUGAGAUGGUCGCGCAAACGUUCGUUCACAUAA